AAGGUUGUGGCAUUAGGGCUGAGCUCCUCGUCGACCUCACUGAGCUGUGACCCCUUACAGGCAAUCACCUGGGAGCCCUGUCGCGAGAGCUCCUUGGGCCUUGUGUCCUAAUGGGGCAGGCUCAGAUGCAGCCUCCUUGGCCCCGUGCCCUGCCCAGACCUGUUCUGGAUUCCACCCCCACCCUUCCCCAAGGUCGCUGCCACCUCCCACCUGCCAGGCUUGGGCAGGGCCUCUGACACACAGCCGGGAAGGCUGGCAGGCAGGAGGGCUGGGGCGAGCACUGGGGGGCCAUGGAGCUGGCAGCAGAGCCUGUGGUCUAUCAGAAGCUGCUGCCCUGGGAGCCAAGCUUGGAGUUGGAGGAGGAAGAAGAGGAGGAGGAGACAUCAGAGGUGCUGGUUCCAAACCCCUGGAGGCACCAGGACUCUUCCAGGAACAAGGCUGGUGGGCUGCCCGGAACCUGGGCCCGUGUAGUGGCAGCCCUGCUGCUGCUGGCUGUUGGCUGCUCCCUGGCUGUGAGGCAGCUCCAGAAUCAGGGCAGCUCGACAGGAAGCUUGGGCUCUGUGGCCCCUCCACCCGGCGGACACUCCCACGGCCCUGGCGUAUACCACCACGGUGCCAUCAUCAGCCCUGCAGCCACAUGCUCCCACCUAGGCCGAGAGCUGCUUGUUGCCGGGGGCAACGUCGUGGAUGCUGGAGUUGGAGCCGCGUUGUGCCUGGCAGUGGUGCAUCCUCAUGCCACAGGCCUAGGUGCCAUGUUUUGGGGCCUCUUCCACAAUAGCUCCUCGGGCAAUUCCACGGCCCUGACAUCAGGCCCAGCACAGACCCUGGCCCCCGGCCUGGGGCUGCCCACGGCUCUGUCCACCCUGCACCUACUGCAUGCACACUUUGGCCGCCUGCCCUGGCCACGCCUGCUAGUGGGCCCCACCACGCUGGCUCAGGAGGGCUUCCUGGUGGACACACCCCUGGCAAGGGCUCUGGUGGCCCGGGGCACAGAAGGCCUCUGUCCACUACUUUGCCAUGCUGAUGGGACGCCCCUGGGCGCUGGGGCCCGAGCCACUAACCCACAACUGGCAGCUGUGCUUCGCAGGGCAGCCCUUGCUCCCACCUCAGACCUUGCUGGGGACGCUCUACUGAGUCUGCUGGCAGGAGACCUGGGGCUGGAGGUGCCCUCAGCUGGACCCAGGCCCACUUUGGAACCAGCACAGCAGCUACCUGUGCCCCAGGGCAUCCUGUUCACCACCCCUAGUCCCUCAGCUGGCCCGGAACUGCUGGCACUGUUGGAGGCAGCCCUGCACUCCGGGGUGCCCAUCCCUGACCCCUGCCCACCAUUCCUGCAGACUGCUGUGAGCCCUGGGAGCAGUGCCCUGGCCGCCGUGGACAGCAGCGGCUCUGUGCUCCUUCUCACCUCCUCGCUCAACUGCUCCUUUGGCUCUGCACACCUGUCCCCAAGCACUGGGGUUCUGCUCAGCAACCUGGUGGCCAAGUCUACUGCUAGUGCCUGGGCCUGCCCCCUCAUCCUCCGUGGCAGCCUGGAUGACACAGAGGCCGAUGUGUUGGGGCUUGUGGCUUCAGGGACCCCUGAUGUGGCCAGGGCCAUGACUCACACCAUACUCAGGCAUCUGGCGGCAGGGCCCCCAACCCAGGCCCAGCACCAGCACCAGGGGCAGCAAGAACCAACACAGCAUCCCAGCACUUGUGGCCAAGGGACCCUGCUCCAGGUGGCAGCCCACGCAGAACACGCCCAUGUCUCCAGUGUCCCCCAUGACUGCUGCCCCUUCCAGGGGUUCUAACAGGAUGCAAGUGGGUCUGGCAGAAGACAGAGUUAUCUGAAGCACGGGGGCAGGAGCAGAGCAGAUCCAGCAGCAGUCGAGUGUGCACCCGCAGGGUGUGGUGGCUCACACCUGUAAUCUCAGCUCUUUGGGUAGACAAGGCAGGAAGACACCUUGAGGCCAGGAGUUUGAAACCAGCCUAAACAGCAGAGCAAGAAUUCUC